UCCAUAUAUUCUUGGUAAUUUUCUUUCGACUCAGACAACCUUAUAACCUUUUGACACAUUAUGGCAAAUGCAGGUGAUUCUAUUACAUGUGGGGGUUUUUCGUUUUAUAAUAAUUUUGAUUCAGCUAAUUUAGCAAAAGUUGAAUUGGUAAAAGUGCCAGAAACUUUUGAGAAGGAUGGUUGUGAAACAGAAAAUAAAUCAUGUAAAAGCUCAAACUCCGAAGACACAACAGAUUAUGAAUUUAACUUAUGGACAAAACAUGAUUGUCAUGGAACACAAUUUCAAAACAACAAUAGAACAUGGUUUUAUUUUGGUGUUAAAGCUAGUACUCCAGGAGCCUAUGUUAAAUUCAAUAUAGUUAAUUUGAAUAAACAAGUUAAAAUGUUUAGUCAAGGAAUGUGUCCAGUUUUUAAAAUUAUACCUGGUCAUCUGCAUUGGGAACGGAUACGUGAUAGACCUACUUACACUUUGGAUCAAAAAGGAAGUGAUUUUACAUUGUCAUUCGUUUAUGUUACUCCUGAAAAUUCGAAAGCUAUAACAUACUUUGCAUUCACUUAUCCUUUCUCUUACACGGAUCUACAAAAUUAUUUAAAAAGAAUCGAAACAAGAAUCUCAAAGCGAAAUAUAACAUCUGUUGAUGAUGUCUAUUAUAACAGAGAAUGUGCAAUCAAAUCUUUGGAGGGACGAAGAAUGGAUCUAUUAACAAUAAGUUCAUUUCAUAACAUAUCAACAGAGAGAGAAGAUAGACUGAAUAACAUGUUUCCUGAAAAAAAUGAGGAAAGACCUUUUAAAUUUUGGGAUAAGAAAAUAAUUUUCAUUAGUGCAAGGGUCCAUCCAGGAGAAACACCAUCUAGUUUUGUUUUUAAUGGUUUCCUUAAUUUCCUUGUAAAUCGUGAAGAUCACAUUGCAAUUAAUCUUCGCCGCCUUUAUGUGUUCAAAUUGAUACCAAUGCUCAAUCCCGAUGGUGUAGUCAGAGGUCAUUAUCGAAUGGAUACUAGAGGAAUAAAUCUCAAUAGGGUAUAUCUCAAUCCUUCUUUAAAGGAUCAUCCAACAAUAUAUGCUGCAAGAAAUUUAAUAAGGUAUUAUCAUCAUACGUACCAGUUGCCAAAAGAGGAUGAGAUUUCAAGUAUGUGUUUAGGAAAUGGUGAAAAUACUUUAACUAUUAUUGAUUCUUCUUGCGCAAUUGCAAACAUAGUACGUGACACCACAACAAGAUUACUUCAACAGGUAACACUUAUGACUUUAGAUGAAAAACGUAAAGAUCAACAGGAAAUUUUUCAGGAAUGCGCAUUAUCAAAAACGAAUUUGGAUGACAUGCCUCAGGGUGGUGGAGAAGGCCUGUGUAAUAAAUCAGAAGAAAGUAAUAAUUCUGUAGAACUUAAAUCUGAUAAAAAAACUUAUUCAGCUGUUGGCAUAGGACAGUUACCUAAAGAAGACUCUGGAUUGUAUCUGUAUAUUGAUCUUCAUGGUCAUGCCUCUAAGAAAGGUGUUUUCAUGUAUGGAAAUUACUUUGAUAAUGUAGAAGACACAAUAACAUGUAUGCUUCUACCGAAAUUAAUGUCUAUUAACAAUCCAAAUUUCCAUUUUACUUCAUGUAAUUUUACGGAAAGAAAUAUGUAUAUUAUAGAUAAAAGAGAUGGUAUGUCAAGAGAAGGAUCUGGUCGAGUAGCUGUAUAUAAACUUACUGGACUAGUACGUAGUUAUACGCUCGAGUGUAACUAUAAUUCUGGACGUCUGGUAAAUACAUUACCUGGGAGAAUUCGUGAUGGUGUAAACAAAACUGUGACUCAUAUGUUUCUUCCACCAAAGUAUACUCCAGCAGUUUUUGAAGCGGUUGGAGCAGCAUUAGGUCCUUCAAUUCUUGACCUUACAAAUAAUAAUCCUAACAGUCGACUGCCAAAUAGCCAAUACCGCUCUUUAAGAGGUGUAAAGUCUUAUUUAAAAUUAGCAUAUGUGAACAAUCUAUCCUCGCCUAACGGCAAAUCUCUGCAUAAGGAUGAUAAUAAUAUCAUACCCUCAGAUUCUUAUAAUUUAAAAGAAAUUGAAUCUCAAAUAAGUAACUCAUCUGUUGCAUUAAAAAACUCAAUGAAAAAUGAAACGAAUUUUGUAAAAAAGCCAUGCAUUAUUCGUCGUACUACGUCUCUUUAUACCGCAGUGAAAAGAAUAAAAAAUAAUAAAAAGACUCGACAAUCUGUAACUCGUAGACCGCUAAAAAAUCAAUGUGUUAAUAAUAUCGAAAGCAGUCCGAAAAUUCCUGUGAUUGGACCAAAAAAUAUCGUAAAAUCAUUUUUAAAAACUUCAGAAAACAGCUUGAAAAAUACUUGUUUUGGAUGUAUCAACGAUUCUUCAGAAAUGAGAGAUAUUCAAUAUGCAAAUAAAAAAUUAACAACAAACAAAUUCUCAAAAUUGACAUUGUCCUCUGAAGAAACAGCAAUCGUAAAACAUGGAGCGAAAAGAUUGAAAAUUAUUUCCUUGAAAGUAAACAAAGGAAGACCAGAAAUUGGAGAGUCGUCCAACAUCGUCCCUGACGCCACAAAAUCACCUUCAAAAGCGUUGCUUUUGUCCAAUAAACAAAAUAUAAAAGGAAAUUCAAAAAUAAUAAGAAAUUAUUACCAUAAAAUAGAAUAA